CGAAAUUUGUAUUACAUUUCGCACACAUUGAACGUAAUUGUUUAUGCGCAUAGGUAAUUUGUACACCUGUUAUUGUUUGUGUACACAAACAAUUCAACUCGUGCAACAUGGUUUGUGUGCACAGACAAUUACGUACAAAUGUGUUAGAAAUGAGCACAAAUUAAAUUUUGCCUAAAAAGAAUUAUUGAUACUUUAGUGCUCCAUAAUAAAGUCAUCAUUAACAGUUGUGGCACAAAGAUCGACAACCUCAGUUCGGUAUAUAGAAUGUCUUAAGAACCAUGCUGCCAGCACCGGCGGCCAUGCCGUUGACGGCUGCAGAGAAUUCAUGCCGACCGGAGAAGAUGACACCCCAGAAUCCUUAAAAUGCGCCGCUUGCGACUGCCACCGUAACUUCCACCGCAAGGAAAUCCAUCUCCGCGCUCCUCCACCUACUGAUCCGCCUCCUGCCCCAACAAUAACGCCGCAGCUCCACCAAUGCAGCUGGGGUGUGGUGUCGCCGGCGCCGGUGACAGUGACGCUUGGCGGGAACAGCGGAGUUCCGGCGGAAUCGUCUAGCGCAGAUCUUGAGACUGUUAAGUCACGUUCAGGGUCAAAGAAACGGUUCAGGACAAAGUUCACCCAGCAGCAGAGAGAUCAAAUGCAGGGAUUUGCAGAGAAAAUUGGGUGGAGGAUCGAGAAGGAAGAUGAAGAGAAAGUGCAGCAAUUUUGUGAGGAAGUCGGUUUGAAGAGGCAAGUGUUCAAGGUUUGGAUACACAACACCAAACAAGCGGAGAAAAGGAAAUAAAUGUAAGAGUAUAGCACAAUAUUGCGGUUUUAUAUUUUAAGUCUUGGGUUAGAGUUAUUAUUGAC